AUGAAGCCUUGUACUCUUGCGACUCUGGCCACGGCCUUGCUUUCCAACCAAGCCACCGCUCUCCCUACGCUUGAUGCUGACACACCUAUUCCCCUGAAUGCUUUCAAGUUCGGUGCUCGUGAUGCCAAGAAUCCUCACCUUGGUGUUGAUCCUGAGCUGAUUCGCAAAUUUGCCUCUCAGGCCCCUACCAACUUGGGCAAGAGGGUUAUCGACUUUGACCCCAAGGAGCAGCUCGUUGAUGUUCACGGCAAGCACGAGUUCAACCCACCCGACUUUGAGGCUGGUGAUGUUCGAGGACUUUGCCCAGGAUUGAACACUCUUGCCAACCAUGGUUACCUCCCUCAUAACGGUGUUGCUACAUUCACCCAGUAUGUCACCGCUGUUGGUAAGGUCUGGGGAAUGGCGCCCGACAUGUCCGCUCUCCUCACGACUUUGGGCGUUGUUCUCGGCGGUAACCUCGUCGCUGUCUCUCAGGGUGGCUGGUCCAAGUACAUGAGCAACAACCUCCUCGGACUCUUCGGAACUCCUCGUGGCCUCAGUGGUUCUCACCCCUUCUUCGAGGUUGACGGCAGCCCUACUCGUGGUGAUCUCUACGACCCCAUUGGUGACAACAACAACAUGAACAUGACCUACUUCAUGGAGCUCUACAACCUGCAAAAGGACGCUGAGAACCCCAACUACAGCAUUGAUGUUCUGUACGAGCACAACAAGAACCGCUGGCACCAGACCAUUGCUACCAACCCCUACGCUUGGUUCGGCCCUGCUAGCGGCUGGCUCGUUCGCGCUAGCCCUUACUCUUUCACUGCUCGUCUUGCCGCCAAUCGCUCUGCUGAGCAUCCUGACGAUGGUAUCCUCGACAAGGAGAUGCUCAAGGCCUUUUUCUCUGUUUACGGACCUGAGGAGAACAUGACCUACGUCAUUGGGCAUGAGCGUAUCCCCGAGAACUUCUACCGCCGCCGUUAUACCGACUAUGGCAUUGCUGCUAACGCGCUUGACAUUGUUACUCACAGUCACCCCGAGGUCCUCAGCAUCGGCGGUAACACCAACGGUGUCAACACCUUUGUCGGAAUUGAUUUCGACGACCUUGCUGGUGGAGUCAUCAACGGCAAGAACCUUCUUCAGGGUAACAACCUUGUUUGCUUUGCUCUCAACGCUAUCAAGACUGUCUCUCCAAACGCAUUGUCAUCUCUCUUCGCCACCUUGUCUUCUGUAACUGAUGUCCUCUUCGCUGCUCUUGAGCCUAUCAUGGGAGCUAUGGACUGCCCCGUGUACAAGGACUUGAGUGUCAACGGAACGAACUGGCUUGACUAUAACAAGAAGAUGUACCCUGGUUUCAAGAAGGCUGGUGGUGGCUGGUAA